UCGUCUUCCACUUGAGGACCGAGUGAGGUAGCCCACGACACUCCACUCAAGUAUACACAGUACAGUAUACGUACCGAGGCUAGUACUCCACAAGCCAAGUCAUAAUUACUACCUUUCUCCCAGACGCGACUAGUAAUUUCACCGCCGGCGAGUGAGGGAAUGUAUCGGCCUCGAGGCGUCAAGUACGCGGCAGAAAAGUAGCUUGAUGAGUGUCCAAAGUAGUGGAAGUUUGGAGGGGCCGCCAUCUUGGUCCCAGCUCUCCACGUCCUCAACACGGACGGUGUUUCAGCAACAUACCACGGCGCUGCUGAAGGCCCUUGAAGGCGCCAUGGAGGAGCUGCACAGCCUGGACCCCCGCAGACAGGAGCUGCUGGAGGCUCGUUUUAUGGGCGGGGUCGGCGGCAGCACCGGUGGCAGCACCGGUAGCACAAGCGGAGGAACUAAAGGUUUGACCAAUAAUGAAUGUUCGAACCAUAGUUUUGGAAGUUUGGGAUCUUCAAGCGAUAAAGAGUCAGAGGGUUCAGACGUGAAGCGAGGCGGCUCACCAGCCUACUCGACUCCAGAGAAGAAGCAGUCCGAAACACCCCGAGGCAGAAAAAGGAAGCCUGACAUUCACUCAGAGAGUAGCCAAGGAAAGACGACUGUGCGCGGCCCCAAGAUAAGUGACUAUUUUGAUUUCCAAGGAGGGAAUGGGUCCAGCCCAGUGAGAGGCCUGCCGCCAGUGAUUCGUUCCCCUCAGAAUUCUCAUUCGCACUCCACUCAGGGCACCGCUUUGCAGGGUAGACAAAACAGCUCCUCUCCCACCAGUCUGUCCUUUGGUGACCACAUGGCACAUCCAAAACAACUCGCGGUUAAAUUUGUUCAGACUGACCUCACGGUAUUGAAGCUGGCCGCCCUCGAAAGCACGAAGAAUCUCGACCUUGAGAAGAAGGAGGGGAGAAUAGACGAUUUGUUACGGGCCAACUGCGAUCUCAGGAGACAGAUAGACGAGCAACAAAAAUUACUUGAAAAAUACAAGGAACGCUUGAAUAAAUGCAUCACAAUGAGCAAGAAACUACUCAUCGAAAAGAGUAACCAAGAGAAGCAGGCCUGUCGGGAGAAAAGCAUGCAGGACCGACUCCGAUUGGGCCAUUUCACCACAGUGAGGCACGGCGCGUCGUUCACUGAACAAUGGACGGACGGCUACGCCUUCCAGAACCUCGUCAAACAGCAGGAGUCGAUCAAUCAACAAAGGGAGGACAUCGAGAGGCAGAGAAAACUACUGGCCAAGAGGAAACCGCCUUCGUCCAACAACUCUCAAGCGCCCGCAACAAACUCUGAGCCAAAGCAACGCAAAACCAAGGCGGUGAAUGGGGCAGAAAGCGAUCCUUUCCUGAAACCGAGCCUACCUCAGCUGCUGACGCUAGCUGAGUACCACGAACAGGAGGAGAUCUUCAAACUGCGACUUGGACACCUCAAGAAGGAAGAAGCCGAGAUCCAGGCGGAGUUGGAACGUCUGGAGAGGGUCCGCAACCUUCACAUUCGGGAGCUGAAGAGAUUAAAUAACGAAGACAGCUCACAAUUUAAAGAUCACCCUACGUUGAAUGAACGAUACCUGCUCUUGCACCUUCUUGGGAGAGGCGGAUUUAGUGAAGUUUACAAGGCUUUUGAUUUGAUUGAGCAAAGGUAUGCCGCUGUAAAAAUCCACCAACUCAACAAAAACUGGAGGGACGAGAAAAAGGAGAACUACCAUAAGCAUGCGUGUCGAGAGUACAGAAUACACAAGGAGCUGGACCAUCCUAGAAUCGUGAAACUUUAUGACUACUUCUCACUGGACACAGACACGUUUUGCACUGUUAUGGAGUACUGCGACGGCAACGACUUGGAUUUCUACUUGAAGCAGCACAAGCUCAUGUCGGAGAAGGAGGCUCGGUCCAUAGUCAUGCAGAUUGUGAACGCGCUCAAAUAUCUGAAUGACAUUAAACCCCCCAUCAUCCAUUAUGACCUCAAGCCAGGUAACAUCUUGUUAGUGGAUGGCACCGCCUGCGGCGAAAUUAAAAUCACUGACUUUGGUUUGUCUAAAAUCAUGGACGAUGACAACUACGGCGUGGACGGCAUGGACCUGACGUCGCAGGGGGCGGGGACAUAUUGGUACUUGCCUCCGGAAUGUUUUGUGGUUGGGAAAGAGCCUCCAAAGAUCUCCAACAAGGUGGAUGUGUGGUCUGUUGGUGUCAUCUUUUUCCAGUGUCUGUAUGGAAGGAAGCCGUUUGGCCACAAUCAGUCGCAACAGGACAUCCUUCAGGAGAACACGAUCCUCAAAGCUACCGACGUCCAAUUCCCCGUGAAGCCUGUUUCCAGUCAUGAAGCUAAGGCCUUUAUAAGGCGCUGCCUGGCGUACAGGAAGGAGGACCGCAUCGGCGUUCACCAGAUGGGAAGUGACCCCUACCUGCUCCCCCACAUACGGAGGUCCAGCUCCUCGGGGAAUCUCCAGAUGAAUGCAGCUGGCUCAGGGCCGGCCCCCUCCGGCAUCAUCUCAUACUGACGGCCUGAUACUGUGACGCAGCCUGACCAAGCGCACGGCGAGCCUCCCUGAGGCUAACGGCCAGCAAGCGGCGGGGGAGGGAAGCGGGGGGUGACCACAUCUCACCGGCCGGGCCUCCUCUGACUUGAUCGACAGAUGCACGGGGACAGUAAAGGAAUGUUUUGUUUUUGGGUUGUUUU